CCGAGUGAUACAGAGACAUGUAGGAACUCGGGAACAUGAACGAACUGAGGAAAAGUUUACCCUGCAUGGACUCCUCACGAUAUGGACUCUGAAUCUCUGGACAACUGUAUCCAGAGCACGCUGUCAGCGCUUUACCCCCCUUUUGAGGCGACCGCUGCCACCGUGCUCUGCCAGGUGUUCGACGUCGUCGAGACGACAUACCGUGGAGACGGACUCAAAUACCUCAUCGACUUCUUGGUCCCCGCAAAACACAUCCUUCAGAGUAUCCAGCAGGAUGCUUGCUUCCCGUACUGUGGCUACCUAUUCCGUCACGAGGGUUGGCCACUGUGUGUCCAUGAGAAGGUCAUAAUCCAGCUGUCCGCACUGGACAAGCGUGUCCUGCAGCCUGGAGACUUCUACCUGCAGGUGGCGCCGACACCGAAGAGCCCACCGCGUAUCAUCGUCAAAUGCCUGGCAUUGAACGGCCAGUAUGUUGAAGAACUGGAAGUGCCAGAGCUAGCCUACACUUCUAUCUUCACUAUGGCCUGGCUAGACUCGAUCAACCGAGAACGUGGAGGCGCCUCCGCGUUGGAGCACUGCCUCCUGUCCACGGACAGCAACAUCUUCCGAGUGCCCUGGGAGGACGUGGUGCACCCGGAGUUCAUCAGCAGGCCCAAAGCCAUCACGCCUGGAAUUGGGACUAUUGGGACUAUGAAUGGGGAUGGGGAGGGAGAAGAGAGAGACUCUGAAACAGAGGAGAAUGACAGUCCUCCAGAGCCCACUGAUCAGGGGCUUUUGAUUGACACUUCGACAGUCCAGUUAGGGGAGGCUGAGGAUAAUAACAAAGGGGUUAAGGUUCUCCCUGCUCUAGAACAGUCCAAUAAGGAUACCAGUGGGAGGAGCUCAAGCAGCGCUGAUGCUGAGGACUCAGAGGGCGAGUAUGUGGAGCUAGCGGAGAUCACAUUGCCACGCUUUUCUCCACAAAAAGGCUCUCUGACACAGUCUAUAAGCAUGAACUACAGGAACCUACACAAACCACGAACUUCCGGGCUUACUCAGCCGAAACCCGUAUCCACCGAAGGUCCCCUGAAAGGCAGCGCCUGCUCCCAGACCAUGGUGUGCAACAUGCUAAUCCAAGAAAGUCUGAAUGACCCCUUUCAGCCUGUGAUUUUAACCCCCACUUCCCCAACAGAGACAAAGGGCCAACAGCUGCCAUCAGACCGGACAGAGCCCACCUGUUUGGAAGGUACAGCUUCCUCUGACAGUGUGUCGCAUGUGUCUGAGAGAGCGUGUGUGUCUGAUGCUGAGGCUCCAGUACCAUCUGAUUCGAACAACACUAGCAGUGUGUCGCAGACAGACGUUGAGGGGUUGAAAGAUUUCCCUCAGACUCCUGUAGCUAACAUGUCAGUGACAGAGGAGUCCGACCAGGUUUCGGCAGGGGAGAUGGAGUCUAUGAUAGACGAGUCUGAAAAAUGCUCGCAGAUCAACGUUGAAUCUGAACUUAAAGGUGAGGUCAGAGUUGAGGCAGAGUGCAGCCUUGCAGGUUGUCUUGAUAAGGUGGACCAGAAUCCACCGUCUGACACUGAGCACGUAGCUAUGACCGAGUCUCCGCGGGAACAAACAGGCAUGCAGUCAGAGAGCACCGAAGGUCAGACCCAGCCACACACCACGACUGAGCAGGUUAAUCCUCUUGUCCCGUCAGAAUGUUUGACUUUGACCAGUGAAAACAGCCCCAGCGACAGCGGUGAGGAACGUAGACUGGGCUCAGGGGCCCUGCAGACGGAGCAGGUAGACUAUGCCUCUGUCUCCCAGGCCCCUGCAGAGGGUCAGGUUACAGCUAACCAGCAGGGUCUGUCAGAGGCCAUGCCCAUAAAGACAUUAGUGACAGUUCAGGAGGAGGGACCUUCAACUCUGAGUACAGCAGUUAUGUUUGAGAAGGCAGAAAGCAAGGAGACAGAUUCAGAGGUCCAAAAGACAGAAAGAAAAACAGAAGAAGGAGAGGUGGAGGGGAAGAAAGAUGUGGAAGAAAAGUUAGAUGAAGGGCAGGUGGAACAGAAUGUGAGUGUGAAUUCGGGGUCGAAGAGCGAGGUUGUAGAGCCAGGCUGUCUCGUAAACGAUGGGCAGGUAUGCGUAGGUGCCAGCCAACACAACACCAGCACAGAUUCAACAAGCUCUCAAAGCGUAGACGUUAUCCGGGACCAGGACAGGGUGAUUCCAAAUGGACACACAAACUCAGAACACCCAGGCACACAGAAUCGAAACACACACGCAGAGGGAGAGGACGUUCCAAACGCCACUGGUGGAACACAGGAGAGAACAGAGGAUGAGAAAGAGGAGGAGAGCAAGAGGCUAAAGGAGAAAAGCUCUGAGUCUGAGGUCAUGCUCCAUGUUAAUGGUUCCUCAGAGCACCCAGAUCAACCAGCAGUCGUGGAGCUACAGCAACAGCAACGACAAGAUCGGCGUCACGCAUCGGUCUCCUCUGCAACGAGACAGCUUGACCCUCAGGUGUCCAUGUCUCUGAAGAGCCAACCUGUCUUCAGCCAAGUCCACAACGUCAACGCAGAAGUGCUAAGAUCAGGAGUGCUCUGUCUGCCAGGCACGAGAGAUAAAUCUGGGCAUGCGCUGGUAACCGUGACAACGAGACACACGAUUUGGUUGAACCCGAGCUGCAACAGUGGCGAGCUAGUGCGUAUUAUGGUCUACUUCUGCACCAUACUCAGGAAGGAUGUUCGCGCUCUGGGUUUGACUGUUCUGGUCGACGCCCGCAGGUGUUCACCUGUUCCUGCCCUCUUUAAAGCAUUUAAUGUCCUCCAGGACACCAUGCCUGGCUGCAUUCACACUGUACUGCUGUUGGCCGAUAGAGAUCUGGCUUUACGCUUGGAUAAGCCAUCCUCCAUCCAGGUGGAACUGCUGACGUCUUUGAAGUCUCUACACAAACAUGUGGAUAUCUCCCAGCUCCCCGCAGAAUUUGAUGGAACCUUCCCUUUCUCACACAUCAGCUGGAUCGGCUUCCGAACGAGAGUGGAGCAGCUGACCAGUAACUGUCAAGAUGCCAUCAAUCUCCUCCAGAGCACCAUCAGCAGUCUGGAGUCCACUGUACUGCCUCCCACGGCAGAGGAGGCUCAGGCGAUGCUGGGUAAGUACAGGGACCUAAUGUGCAGCGUGCUGGAGGACAGCCGAUUGGUCCGUCUGCAGUUAGAGGGAGGGGCCGCUCUCUCCCGACUACGCAAGGAGGAGACCUGUGUCAGCCUCACAGAGGACUACAGAGAUGCUGUGGAGAAUGUGGGAAGGCUGUAUAACCAGGUGGAUGAGCUGGUACACAAGCUGGUGAAGCUGUCCAAUAAAUGCACCCAGGAACUGGAGUUUAUCAUGGAGUUUAAAAGCCUGGAGGAAGGCUUCAGAGAGGUAAGCCAGUGGAUCGAUGAGGUGGGAGAGAACCGUCUGCAGACUCUGAGUGAGCUGGAGGAUUCCUUGGAGCAGUUGCAUAAGAAACAGGCUCUUUUCAGAGACUUCUACUCCGCUGCUUACGAGCACUGUAAAGGUGGAGAGGCUUUGCUGAAGCGGUUGGAGCGGUGGGAGGACGUGUCCUCAGCGGAGCUGCAGGUCUAUGAGGUGAAAGUACGUUCUUUCUGGGUUCAUCUCCACGACUUUUCCCAGAGGGUGGAGGACACCAAGGACAAAAUCGACAAAACCGUCAGACUCUACGAGUUUUUUGACAAGGCAUAUGAGUGGGCCCUGGAGGGCAUGCGCCACCUGGCCUGUAUCAGCAUGGAGGACUGCACCCUGCCCGAAAAAUGCCAGGGGGUUAUCACCUGCCUGGAGAACUACCACAGCCAGCACACACCCAUCCCCGACGCCCGGUUCCAGGAGAUGAAGGACCUCGCCGGGGAGCUGAAGAGCGAACAGGGCCUGAAGCAGUGGAAGUUCGCCUGGUCCAAGUGCCAGGAGACCAAGCAGAUGUUUGAGAAGAAGCUGGAAGCAGCUCUGAGGACUCGGCGCUCCCUGCCUGCCGAGAGUGACCCGAAAGCAGGCAGCGGUGGUGGCGUUGACCCCGGAGCGCCCAGGAGACACUCUGACGGCAAACCUCAGGAGCGCAGCGGCAGCGUCUCAUUCUCCUGUAGGAAGGCCUUCGGCGGAGGUUGGGCCCGGGAACGGCUCUCCUCCCGGUCCAGCUCCGCGUCAACUCCCUGCAGCCCCGCGGGCCCCAGGCUGGACGGCCGAGACUGUUCCCCAAAGACCCCCCCCACGGGAAGCCCUUACGGCAUCGAACACCGAAUCCCUCACACCCCUCUCGGCUCCCAUCGGCUGACCCGCAGCACCUCCUCCGAGGAGCCUCCGCAUCAUCAGGGCGCCUCCGCGUGUUCUCUCAGCCCCGGAACGGGCGCUCUAGAGCCGGGGCGCAGGGUUCUGCGGAAAACCCAGAGCUUUGACUGCCCCGCCAGCGACCCGGGCUCACGGUACAGCACCUGCCAACGGACUCUGAGCGAACCCGCGCGCCGGGGGAACACGGGCGUUUUCAUUAAAGGUCUGGAGGUCAGCAGCACGGAGGUGGCAGACCGGCCCUACAGCCCGCGACUGGCCACGCAUGGCUGGACUGCCUCGGACUGCGUCCGGAGUAACAGCCCCACUCCAGAACCACGGGCCAAGGGCAGUAAGCUGCGUCACAUCGUGGACGAGAUGGUGACCACGGAGCGCGAGUACGUUCGUUCGUUACGGUACAUUAUCGAUCACUACUUCCCCGAGAUGGAGAGGCCGGAUCUGCCGCAGGACCUGAGGGGGAAACGCAGCGUCAUUUUCGGGAACCUGGAGAAACUGGUGGACUUCCACAGCCAGUACUUCCUCAAAGAGCUGGAGAGCUGCUGCAACCACCCGCUCCGAGUCAGCCACUGUUUCCUUCGCCACCAAGACCAGUUUGGACUGUACGCCUUGUACAGUAAGAACAAACCCAAAUCCGACGCACUGUUGGCCAGCCACGGGAACAGCUUCUUCAGGCAUAAGCAGCUGGAGCUGGGUGAUAAGAUGGACCUGGCGUCUUACCUGCUGAAGCCCAUUCAGAGGAUGAGUAAGUACGCUCUGCUGCUCAAAGACCUGAUAAAGGAGGUGAGCGAGGCCCAGGAGCAGGAGCUGAUGUACUUACGCGCCGCCGCUGAGAUGGUCAAAUUCCAACUGCGCCAUGGCAACGACCUCCUCGCCAUGGACGCCAUCAGAGACUGUGACGUGAAUCUGAAAGAACAGGGCCAGUUGGUGAGACAGGAUGAGUUCACUAUCUUCUACGGGAGGAAGAAAUGCCAGAGACACGUUUUCCUGUUUGAGGACCUCGUGCUCUUCAGCAAACCCAAACGCAUUGAAGGAGGCCUGGACGUCUACAUCUACAAGCACUCGUUUAAAACGGCUGAUGUGGGGAUGACGGAGACUUCAGGCGAUAGUGGUUUGCGGUUUGAGAUCUGGUUUAGGAGGAGAACAUCUAAGAACCAGACAUACAUCCUUCAGGCUGCAACGUCAGAGAUUAAGCUUGCCUGGACCUCCGACAUCGCCCGUAUCCUCUGGCAACAGGCCACGCGAAACAAAGAGAUCCGCAUGCAGGAGAUGGUCUCUAUGGGAAUAGGAAACAAGCCUUUUCUGGAUAUCAAACCCAGUGAUGCCGCUAUCAAUGACAGAGCUAUCGACUACAUCAUGAAGGGCAGAGGAGCCAGGACGCGGGCAUCUAUAGCAGUGUCUCUGUUUGACCACUCCAACCCUUUUAAGAGGGCAGCGGUGAACACGCCCGUCAGUGGCACCCCGGCGGCUUCGGGCCCAUCCUCGUCCACUCUCCUGGGGCCCCUGAACCUGCACAUGUACAGUAGCCAGAGCCUCCUGCCCGGGGACCGACCCUUCGUUAGUGCCUGUAUCGAAGAGGAUGAGCUGGAACACGAGACCAGCAGCCAGCCCUCUAUGACCACCGAGAGCUCAGGGUCGUCCUCUCACUGCCUGUCUGGCAGCGGCUCCAGCGGCUCAGACAGCGGCUGCGUUUCCAGUCACCUCCCCGAAGCCCUGUCUGAGGAGCCCAGCUCACCAUGCCACACCUCCUCCUCCUCCUGCUACUCCACCGUCGCCUCCCCCGUGGAGGACAAGCCUCGCUUCAACAGCCAAUACAUUUCAGCGAAAGCAGCUCAAGUCAUAGGCCCAUCCACUGUAGUGUGA